AUGUUUCCAUGACAGGUGCUCUCUAAAACAAGGAAUGCAAAUAUCUUUAACCACAGUACGCUAGCAUGUCAGCAUUCUCCUCUUUGCUGAUAUGGUUAACCUACAGUGAUUCCGAAGAAGGCAGCCACACACAAGAUCCUAAAACAGAAUUAUGAUAGCUACUGGAGGCGUUAUAACAGGACUGGCAGCCUUAAAAAGGCAAGACUCGGCCAGAUCCCAGCAUCUCUUGUCUAGACCUUCAUCACCACCUCCUGAAGUCAAGCCAGUGCGACGGCGUCCAAAGGCAGAUGUAGUGAUUGUUAGAGGAAAAAUACGUCUCUACUCACCAUCUGGAUUUUUCCUUAUACUCGGAGUACUGAUAUCUGUUGCUGGAAUAGCUAUGGCAGUGUUGGGAUACUGGCCACACAAAGAACCAUAUUUGACAUCAGAACUUACUAUACAUGUUAAUAAGACCAACAUUCUGGGACAUGCUGGGAUGAUGGUGAAAUUUUUUGAACAACAUUUACACUCUGAAAAAAUGAAAAUGCUGGGACCAUUUACAAUGGGCAUAGGAAUAUUUAUUUUUAUCUGCGCCAAUGCUAUUCUUCAUGAAAAUCGAGACAAAGAAACAAAAGUCAUUCAUAUGAGAGACAUCUAUUCAACUGUUAUAGACAUUCACAGUAUGAGGAUCAAAGAGCAAAAACAUUUGAAUGGCACGUUUCCAAGUUUGUAUGGAGAAACUGAAUACAGACAUCCAGAAAACCCUUGUGCAUCUAAGUUGGCAGCAAACACAAUUGCUUCAUUUUCUGGUAGCUACAAAAGUUGCAGUUACAUGGAGGGUGAGGAGGAAAGCAGUCCUCGCAAAAACAAAAGUUUCAGUAACCUUCUACCACCACUUCUAAUGGAACGCUCCGGUUCUGUUUUUGGCCUUCACAGUCACUCAAAUAGGGUAGCUGAUGACAGAAGUAGUGGUUCUAAAAAAUGCGAGACAAAGUCUAUUGUCUCAUCAUCCAUCAAUGCUUUUACUUUGCCUGUAAUAAAACUCAACAACUGUGUAAUUGAUGAGCCUGAUAUUGACAACAUAACAGAAGAUUCAGACAUCAGUAACAGCAAACCGAGAAAUUUAUCUAUUGAUUCAUUAGCAAUUCCUUCACCAGAUAUAAGCAGACCUUACAAACCUCCCAGCAGCCCACUACUGCGUAGUUACUCUAAUGUGGAACCAUUAAUCAGUGACCCUUCAAUUGCUGCUUCUGGACCUAAAAGUGGGCAGCUUUUAUCACCAGGUGCUGCCAGGAAGCAGUUUGGGUCCAAUACAUCUUUACACAUAUUAUCUUCACAUUCAAAAUCUUUAGACUUAGAACGGGGCCCUUCGACACUUACAGUUCAGGCUGAGCAAAGAAAGCACCCAAGCUGGCCAAGACUUGACCGCAGCAACAGCAAGGGUUAUAUGAAACUUGAGAAUAAAGAAGAUCCAAUGGACAGGUUAAUAGUGCCACAGCAGGCACAGACUGGUAAAAAAGACUAUACAAACAAGGAAAAACUUCUCAUGAUUUCAAGGUCUCAUAAUAACUUGAGUUUUGAGCAUGAUGAAUUUUUGAGUAACAAUCUUAAGAGGGGUAUGUCUGAAACAAGGUUUUAAUAUCUGUUUCCUUAAAAACUAUUACAUUAAAAUGUCUUCUUUCUGCUGUUUGUUUUUGGAGAGUUGUGUCAUAUUUUUGUAUUAUUGUUAUUACCAAAAUAAUGCAGGUAUGUUGCCACAAAAACUGUUGUUUUUAUCAAAAUAUUGGAAAGAAAAUGAAAUACAUUAUGCGUCAUUAAUGUGGUUUGUGAAAGCCAAAGAAGCGUUUAUAUGUAGUUACAUCCACCAUUUAAGUUUUUCAAUUUUUUUUCAUAUUCAUGGUUACUUCCACUGAAACUUUAAAUACUGCAUUGAUUAAACGUACCAAGCCUACAAUUUAAAAUAUAAAAAAGCCAAAAUGAUCAUGUACUGUAUACAUUACAUAUGUUAAUAAAACAUAUAAUUCUGAAUCUGUGUUAAACAGUGGAAAUAUAUUAACAUGCACACUUAAUAUCUGUUUUGUCUUGUCCAUUUUUCUAUGAUUAUAUGGUCAACGCAGUUAUCAUAGAAGUACCCAUGGUAAUAUUCCUACUAUAUUCUUCUAGACCUGGACACAGAAACAUUGCCCCUCCACCUUUUCUUGGCCAUCAGCUUUAGACAGAGAUUACCCACUGAUGAUAGGAACUGCAGUGUUGCAGAUGAACAGACCUGUGCUCAACUAAUUAAAUUACUAUAGAAUAUUGGUGACAUUGUUUCUGUAGUUUAAAAAAAUACUACAACAAUGUGUUUAUUGCUUAAGCAGAACUUAACUUAUUGGCUUACUGUAUUGCAUUUUAAGCUCCUGGUGAUAUGAGUUUCCUGUGAGCCAUUUCAUUUCAACAGAGCAAGGAAUAAUUGCAGCUACAUUCAGCUGCUUAUAAUGAUGGAAAACAAGAAAAAUGUGUUUUGGGGUUUAUGAUUAAAUAGUAAUUAAAUAUUACU